AUGAACAAAAAGUUUUUAUUAAGUCUUUUCCUCUUGGUCGCCUUGAGCAUCAACAGCGCUAAUGCAGUUAUUGGCGUCGAUGUUUCAGAUUCUAUAGAUGAAGAUACCUUCAAUUGUUUGAUUGACAAUUAUGGUAUCCAAUUUGUUAUUUCUAGAGGAUAUUAGAGCAUCGGAAAUGUUGACUAUAAUGCUAUUGAUACUAACCUUAAUGGAAGAAGUGCAGGCCUUAUCACUGAUGUCUAUCUCUUCCCCUGCUUAGCCGUAGACCCAUCUUAGAUUGCUUCUGAUUUUGUCAGCUCUAUGGUUGAUGGAAAUGGUAACGAUGUUUAUGGUACUGUUUGGAUCGAUGUUGAAUACAAUCCUUCUUCUACUUGUGCUUGGAGUUCUGACAUCGAUUACAACUGCAGCUUUUUAAGUAAUCUUGUCUCAAGCCUCUAAAGCUAUGGUAAACUUGUUGGUAUUUACUCAAGUUAGUACUAGUGGUCUACUAUCUUUGGUGACGAAGGUAACUGCCCAUAUUUUACUUCCAUUCCUAUCUGGUAUGCUCACUAUGAUGGCUCAGCUAGUUUUGAUGACUGGUACAAUGGUUUAAGUUUUGGUGGAUGGAGUGACCCUGCUAUCAAGUAAUACGAUGGAGAUGAGACUGCUUGUGGAGCUGGUGUUGAUUUCAACUUCUAUUGA